UUGAGCAACAGCAUGAAGCAGUAUCCCAGAUCGACAAACAUUUUGAUGCCAUGCUUCGCUUGGAUGAGAUUGCUACGUUCAUGGAGCAGCGUGCAUCUUACCACGAUACUCAAAAUCCCCUUGUGACCAUCUUCCUCCGGAAGCUGGAAUAUUAGGAGACUUUUUCUUGACGUUGAAUCGGGGUAUCUAGUUUGAAGAUGCAAUUCUCGCCCGGACCCAUUUGACCAUUGACUAUGAGAACUUAUCGAGGGAGUUCGCAGAGAUCUCUGGUCAACGAUUCUGUCCAGGGCAUGUACGACGCAAGGACCUGUUGUGGUGAGCGACAACCUUCGACAAUUGUAGUCUUUGGCUCUAAAUGGACGCGGGGUGGGUACCAGAGCGCUGCUGUUCACCCCUCACUUGCUAACUUGAGCCAGAUCAAAAACAUCGUGGCCAUCGCACAUGAUCUUGCUGAGGCGGAUGCCAACCAAGUGAUCUCCAAGCACUUGAGCUAGCU